AUGAAGAAUAUAAAGCAUGAUGUUAUAAUCAAGGAAUUAGAGCAAAAGAAUAAAGAGCUUGAGGCUAGUCUUGCAGUAGUGGAACAGAGUUCUGUGUCAGUGGAUGGACAAUCACAGAAUGACUUACGGAGUGAGGAUGCUAAUGUAUUUAAGAAAGUGAUAUCAGAGGUAGUAUCAGCUGUUAUCAUAUUGAAAGAUAAAGAGAUUGAUGGAUUUCUUGGUGAG